AUGACUGAAUGGGCCAAGUUGGAGUCGCGGCCCUUUGGCAUCUCAACUCCCUCCCUUGUUUACAUUCACACUUCGCGUUCCCUUCCAGACUAUGUCAUGUCUUCUUUAUUCACUAAACGUCUGACCUGCUUUUACUGUGGGCGGCGGUCUGCUUCUCAGUGGCCUGUUCGCAAUUUCCGCUGUGAACACUGUGAGGCCGACAACUUUCUCGAUGAGAAAGGAGAAAUCACGGAUCCGCCAGCUGCUGUCACUAACGCCGAGGGUUAUGUGCCCGGCGCAUCAAGUCAACCCUCCGAAGCCGCCGAUCUCAAAGAGCCUCCGUUAUUCUGUUCAAAGUGUACUCGCAACCAACACCUAUUUACGAGCUCAUUGGCGUCAUACUUUCCUCCGUCCGACGAUCCCACAGACGCUGAGUACGAACGUGGCUAUGCAGACUUUCGCAAACGCCUCGAGGACCGUUAUCCCCAGAUUUGCGAGUCCUGUGAGCCUCGUGUGAGAAGCCGCAUUCGAAGAGCGGGAUACGAAGCCAAGUCAGAUCAUCUCAGACGCAUGAUGGAUCAGAGCCGCGCGAACCGUGAAGCACGACAGGUCAGGAACCGGAGCUGGAGGAGCUUGCUGCUUUAUGCCGGUGCGCUUGCAUACUGGGCAAGUAUUGCUGGUCAAAUUGCAUGGGAUUUGAUCAGUGCGAUGACCCUCUAUCAGACAUCGGGGAGCCUCGAUGGCUCGGCAAUCUAUACCGAACCGUCCAUGGCACCCGCCUUUUCACAGUGUACCAAACAGACUCUUUCUAUGUGGCGUAUUCCCAGCGACUGUGUGAUUGAUCUAGCACCGGCUGCAGGUGUGGCAUUGAUCGCAGGUGCUCUUUCACUCUGGUGGAAUCCCAAGUUGCGCCUGAAGAUAGAUGGGAUGCCUGGCAAGUUCAAGGGCCUUGCGGAGUACUAUCAGGCCCAACUCAUUGUUCUGGUCGUACGGUGUGUAUUCUGGGCAGUUCUCAAGGACCCAUCCGCUAGUGGCUUGGAUUCUAGUAUGUCUCCGGCCUUGCAUGGUCUAAUGAUGGUUUUCACUCUUGUGUCGCUUUCAUACUCUCGAUACAUCGUCCAAUAUUCUAGUCGCCCACUUGUCAAUUGGUCCGACAAUAGCUGGGAAACCCAACUUCAAGGCGCCAAAUCGUCCUCUGAAUUGCCUGAGUCUCCUGUCUUGUCGUCCCAAGCCACCAAUCGUAACGCCUUCAAUGCGAACGGUGGAGUCAGUCAGCGUUUCCCAAUUGAAAAGUUGGCUACACCUCAGCCACCUGUGGAGAAGCCGCGAGAGAUUAUCCCUGUUGCGGAGAAAGAUAGCAUGGAUUGGACUCCGUCUACUACACAUAACCUGCGCCCAACUAUCAACCAGCGGAGCGCGCCCUCUGUGCUAAAUGGCCCUCAUCCCUUCCAUGGGCAGCUUCCAGCAGCCCCAAUGGCUCCGGCGUGGAAGCUUCGCGCUCAACCUUCAACAAAGCCCAUUGAACAAGUGGUUCAACCUAACCCAUUCCAUCGCAGCCCUUCUCAAGCACGAGCUCCCAGCCGGCAACCGUCAGAUGAGGCUGAACCAAUCUUCAAGCCACCCAAAUUCUUCGCUCCAGGGGAUCUUGACACGUCUACUGGACUGGAAACACUGUUUGACAGGGCCUUCAAUUUCCAGCCCGAUGCUCCCGGACCAGGGUGGUCCCAGGGAACGCAACAGAAUUCUGCAAGUUCCGUUCAGACACCGAGUCAUCUAUUCUAUGGAUGGCUGCGACUGGGUAUGUUGGUGGGAUUUAUCAGUGCCUGGACCUUCUCUCAAAACCACCAGGUGUUUAUUCCCGGAAACUACGUGGAGAUCGCUGCUCUGGGAGUUGCGAGUCUUGUUGCUGGAUUCGCUCUCAUCAGCAUGGUCAAGAGGCCGCUUGUGCAGUGGAAUGGCAUGGAGAUUCUGAUUUCUAUCACGGAGCUUGUUGCGGCCGUCCAUAUGGGAGCCCAUCUCCCGACUGCCUCCUUUGACCGAGACUACUUUGAUCGCUACGGCAAGCUUCUUUUGAUGUUUAUGGCUAUACAGGAGGCUAUGCGUGUAGGCUCUUUCUACACGGCGACCAUGACGGAAAGUGGAAAUACACCAUCGGAAUCGGCGUCGCCACAGUCGGGAACACCGCAAAUGAACCAGCCGGGUGCCAUCGACUGGCCUUCAAAUGGAUCGCAACCUGUAUCCUCACCUGAGUCUCGGGUCAGCAGUCCACCGUUGCCUACGCAUCGAUCAUUCGAAUCACAGUCAUCCGCGCCGCCGCUUUCCUUUUGCACUACCGAACCUUCCUCUAGUUUCUCGUCGGCAUUGCCUUCUAUGUCAAACUAUGGGCUUUCUUCAUCUCAGACUGUCCCUUCUUUCUCUGCCGCUCAGAUUCCGAAACGAAACCCCCAUAGCUUUACCAUGGAGUCGUUGAAGCAAAUCGACCCUCCGUCUGAUUAUGAUCAAGAUUCAGACAGCGAGACUGUGGCUACAGCCACAACCACUGCGACAAAUAUGACCAACCAGAACAUCCGGUAUGGUCACAACCCCAGCUUGGGUCACAGCUCCAUGUUUUCGCCCCGGCGCAAUGGACUGGGAUCAGGAAUGGGCGGGUUGAGCUUGGAUGAUAACCCAGCUCCCCGACGUAUGACGCGGAGCCAGACCCAGCAUGGGCUACUUGGUCGGUCUCAGCCCAACUACAUUCGAUAA